CAUCUCAUGAUUCUUUUUUCUGCUUGUACAGGAUUAGGAGUGCACCUAUUUUGAUUCUGCGAUCUGAGUAACUGAUUCUAAAGGUAACUGAAAUUCUACUCUCUGAAACUUGCAUUUUCCAAGAUUCUAAAGGUUGUAAUUAGUUUUUAAUUUGUCUAGAUGGGUGUGAAGGAGAUGUAUCUUCAAUAUUACAAUAGUUAGAACCAGUACCUACGAAGAAGAAGGGUGCUCAUUUGCACUACCAUUUGUGUGGUUUUUUGUGGUAUAAACUGUCUAGAUUACAUAAGAAGAGUAUCAAAUAUGGUCCUUUGUUACAACGAGAUUUGGAACGAGAGAGGCGGCUCAACCGGUUGUUUAAUGGGACAGAAGCCAAUUGUAUUAGUGAGUUGCGCAUGCGCAAAUUUGUUUUCCAUAGGUUAUGUAGCCAUUUAAGGUCUCAUAGGCUGUUAGAGGAUACCGUCAAUGUCUCUGUUGAAGAACAGGUUGCUAUGUUCUUAAAGUUUGUUGGCCAUAGAUGGACAAAUAGGUCAGUUGGGUUUGAAUUCCUACAGUCCGGAGAAACAGUUAGCAUGUACUUCAACCUUGUUUUAGAUGCUCCAUGUGUCAUGUCACAUGACCUCAUUACUAUGAGAACCACAGAGACACAUCCAAAGAUAUCUAGUAGCCCGGGAAGAUUUCACCCUUACUUUGAGAGAUGUGUAGGAGCACUCGAUGGCACACAUGUACCAGCAUGGGUCCCCAUUUAUAUGCAGGAUAGGUUUAGAGGUAGAAAACACUACCCAACACAGAAUGUGUUAGCUGCCGUGGAUUUUGAUCUUAGGUUUACAUAUGUGUUGGCUGGAUGGGAAGGAUCAGCUCAUGACUCAUUUGUGCUCCAAGAUGCAUUGUCACGUCCCUCAGGCUUAAAAAUUCCCGAAGGUCAUUUCUUUCUAGCAGAUGCGGGUUAUGCAGCACGACCUGGCAUAUUACCUCCAUUUAGGGGUGUUCGGUACCAUCUUAAGGAGUUUCAGGGUACUAGGCGGCCAGAGAAUUCAAAAGAAUUAUUCAACCUUCGACACUCUUCUCUUAGGACAACGAUAGAACGAGCAUUUGGUACACUCAAAAACAGAUUUAAGUUACUCACAAGCCAACCAUUCUUCCCUCUCAAAACUCAAGUGAAGAUAGUUUUGGCUUGUUGUGCUUUGCACAACUUCAUAAUAGAGGAUGGUACUGAUAUUUAUGUUUAUGAAGAUGAGGCAUGGUUUGGAAGUCUUCCAAGAAGCAGUCGUACCCAUGCUGAUAUGAACAAAGAUAAUAAACUUUGGGCCACUAUGCGUGAUCAGCUAGCGCAGCAAAUGUGGGACGAUUGGGAUGAAAAUUGAUCUUUUUAUGUGGCUGUAAUGAGAACCUAUUUUAUGGUUUUAUGUGGCUGUAAUGAGAACCUAUUUUAUGGUUUUAUGUGGCUGUAAUGAGAACCUAUUUUAUGGUAUUA